GGGGAUUAUGGAAACCGAUAAUUCCGCACGUCCAGAGGCGCGCCAGGAGACGCGAGUAGAGCAGACGCUCCUUGCACGGUUCUCCCGCUCGGGAAGGCCAGGCGGCUUCCCGGCGGCGCGAGCUCACCCCCUCCCGUCGAACCGGUCACAUACGUAGACCGUCACGUGGCCGCGGAGUCCCGCGCCUAUUGGACCAAGCCCAGAACAAGGCGGGGCGGUCGCGAGCGGCGCGACCGGCGCACGCCGGGGACGAGGGAGACGACUGCGAGCCGCGACGAAGGACGGAGCUCAGGUAACCAUCUUGUUCCCUUCCUUUGUCGUGCCCUACCUUGUUCGACCACGCUCGACCCCGACAAACGUCGAGGUCGACUCUAUAGCCUGCUUCCAAGCGAAUUCCCCCUGGAGCAAUAAACCCUGUUUGUACUUGUUACACUAUCGUGCGUUGUCGUGUUUCUGCCAGUCCUGAUACCGCCGAACCCCGGUAGUACAGGGCAAGCACAAGGGAGUUGGCCGUCAAGCCUAAGCCUUAGGGACAAAGGCGGCUUGAGAGAACCCGGAGACCACAACUGGCGCCCAACGUGAAUUCUCGCUUGCAGACGCAAUCGAGCAGCCGGCUCCCACUACACGAUGACGAGCCCACAGUACGAACUGAGCGAUCUCAUGGAGUUGGCCGAGAUCUGCAGUCAAGCCAGGGAAAACUCAGGCCUGGCUGCAGCGGCCGCGUCACCCACAAACGUGGGCCGUGAAAGCACGUACAACAUUCCCAUACACCCUACAAAUGUAGGAGUGCCCAACCCCGCGCACCUCACCAACACACCGGCACAUGUCGGCGAGCUACCGAAUCUAUUCUCGUCACUCGGCGAAAUAUUGGUUCCCUCCGUGCGCGCCGUAAACAUAACGGAUUAUGGCGGCGGUUCCCAGAGACCUGUUUCGAACGGCGAAGGAUCUCUCGCCGCCACACGCGUCCCCAGAACGUCGGAAAAUUUCGGCGUGCAUUACCUAGGGCUCAACUCAGACGGGGUUGUACCCACAACAACAGCACGCGCCCCGGGCGCAGCCGCCCCGGCCACCUUGGGCGGGCACCCAGUCUGGCCAAACGGCACAAUUACUUCGGCUCUCGGUCGCGCAGCGAGAUCACCACGCGUCACGGAGCCCGAUAGUGACCCGUUCCCAGUAAACACAGGGACCUCCGCAAUCGGGCCGGACAGUUUCGGAGGUUCCAAUAGCGGAGGAAAACCUGCAGACGCGGCAAAUCCCGUGCACUUUCUGGCGAGCGCUUUGCAGCAGGUGUUGCAAACCGCAAUUUCACCCGGGCCUCGUAUCGGAGUCCCGAUACCGACGUACAGUGGCUACGGCGAUCAAAUGAGCGCCAACGUUUUUCUACUGGCGUUGCGACAGUACGAGCAAGCGACUGGCAUGCGCGAGAGCGCGGUGUUGGAGAGAGUUCUCCCGGUUGCUCUAGUCGGCCAGGCCGCCCGGUGGUACCGUUUGGUAGGCCACACGGCGAGCACCAUGGACGAGUUUCGUAGGCUGUUCAGAGACGAAUUCCUCCCGUAUGACUACCGACUGCAGAUGCGGAGGGAGUUGGAACUACGCACACAGGCCCCAGACGAAUCGCUGGUGGAAUACGUUCGGGCGAUGCAGGAGCUUUUCGAGUAUGCUGAUCCGAGCGCUUCGAACACGGAGCGAGUGGAGCGGGUAAUUCGACAAAGCCACCCUACCUUUGCACUUUAUCUGCGGAGUUCACGCUGCAGAGACCUGAACGAGCUGGCCGCAGAAUCACGCAGGGUGCAAGCCGAAAUCUCGGCAGCCCGCGCGUACCGACCACCGCCGCCGCCAUCGGAGUCCUUGGAACCAAGCUGCGCUUGGCACGGCAGCGGGCGCACGAACAGCGAGCACGCUGCGAUGCCGGGUCGGUCCGCAAGUGCAACGGCGCCGUUCGAAAUAUCGGACCGCGCCCUCGAUCCCUACGCUUGCGGGUGGAGGACCGCGCAGGCAAUACAGUCAAAAGGCUGGUGCAGCGCACAACAUCACGCCCGAUCAGACGAUUACAGGCCAGUGCCGAAACUAGGCAGAUCCGCUAGAAACGCGAUCACGGAUGGCCGUCCUCAGCUCGAUGCUUGGAGAUCGGCGGAGCAGCCCGGAUUUGCACAACGCACGACGCGGAAUACCGUACGGUGUUUCAACUGCGCCCAGACGGGACACAUCGCGCGUGAGUGCCCUAACCAGCAGGGAAACGAGACGGGCCGCCGGUAA